CUCGGACAAACCCGGAAGCUGUUUGUGUUUCUCCUUCUGGCUGGAAGCAGAAAAGCAGCUCCGACACCUGAACCUCUCCAGUUUGAUGGUAAAGUUGGCUUCUGCCUCUGAAGUCACCGUCUCCCCAGGUGUGAGUGCUGGUGAGGUGUGUGCAUGUCUGUGCGUGCACUGAGCGUGUUUUGGGGAGAUGUACUGCGCCUACCAGGACCGAGAGGAGUUGGAGGAUGACCUCUAUCAAGAGGAUGAAGGAGACUCUGACGGGUCAGAGGCCGACAGCGAGCUGGAGUUUCGUCUCUACAGCCAGUUGCACUAUUCCUCCAAUCCUGGAGAGUUGGAGGAGCAGGAGGAUGGGGAGGAGAAGGAGCCCGACCGAGAGCACCAGGACAGCCAGAAACAAAGUAAUGAUGCUAAAGAGCUGAAACCCGAAAGAGAAAUCGAGCCUCCAUCACCUAUUUACAGCAAGUCGCAGCAGCAUCUGAAGAAGAAAAAGGGAGAGAAACAGGACAAACAGCAGAAAAAGAAAAGUGACUUCAAAAGUCAGAAGUCAAAAUCGUCAUGUUUCGAGGAGGUCAUUGUGAUUGACUCCGGCCCUGAUGUCAUCUCCAUCUCUGAUGACACUGUGGAUGAUGAUGAUGAUGGUGAAGGUGUCUGUGCCUUGAAGGGUCAUGGCAUGCACAAGCCACAGACUUCUACGCCGGCACAUCAGGAAACCCAGAAGAGGGGUCUCGGUGCGACGGUAACUGUGGACUCCAGCAGCUCAGAAUCUGAUUCAGAAGACGUAGAAUCCAAAUCUGAGUCUGAUUCGUCUUCUUCAUCCGAUUCAUCCGAUUCGGACGCCCUGGAGAACUGGAUGAUCCUGGGUAGAGGGAAACAGGAUGGUGACCAAUCCAUUUCACUCAACCUGGAAGGAGGUUCCGACAGCAACAAAGAUGGUGAAGAAGAACAGGGAAUCUGGUUGGUUUUGGACAAAGACAUUGAGGCUAGGAUCUAUAACAAAGACAAAGGUGUCAGGACAGCAGUACAGCGGGUGGCAAGCAGAUACUAUACUGGCAAGAACGUCCACUGCAGAAACUGCAACAAGACCGGACAUCUCUCCAAGAACUGCCCUGAGCCCAAAAAGGUGCAGCCCUGCUUCCUGUGCGGCACCCCAGGCCACGUGGUCAGUGAAUGUCCCAAAAAACACUGCAACAACUGCGGCCUGCCCGGACACCUCUACGAGUCCUGCAGCGAGAGGGCGUACUGGCACAAACAGUGUCAUCGGUGCAGCAUGACGGGACACUUCUUUGACGCUUGUCCAGAGAUCUGGAGACAGUACCACAUUACAACUAAGACCGGUCCUCCUGUGAAGCGGCAAGCAGAGGACAGUGGUCGAUCUCCUGCCUUCUGCUACAACUGCUCCAAGAAAGGACACUUUGGCCAUGAAUGUACACAGCGGAGGAUGUUCAAUGGAACUUAUCCCAGCAUCCCGUUCAUAAACCACUAUGACACCGUGGAGGACAUUAAUCGAAGGCAACACAGGAUCAAGCUGAGGGUCAAAGAACUGAAGAAAAAUGGCUAUAUACCAGGCCAUUCAGAGACCAUUCUCACACCAGGACCGCCAAAGAAGAAACUGAAAAUCAACCAUCCCAAAAACAGCCACCUGCCCAAUCACAAACCUCACCAAACCCCGAACAACCACAAACCCAGCCCCAGCCAUAUCUUUUUUAAAGACAACGGUGACUUUAGUGCUGAAAGACCCAAAACAAAUAAGUACAAACAGGAGAGCAUUGGCAGUGCGAAACCAUGGAAACCUAAGAGACCAGUUCCCACCUCGAGGGACUCACUCCCACCAAGUAAGCUAGUUUUUGAUGAAGCGGAUGACUUUCCCAGAGGGGGAGGCACCGGGGAGAGCAUGCAGAAGAAGAAGAAAAAAAGGAGAAUGAAUAAAAUGAAGCAGGUUCUUUUCGGACUACCAGGAGGACACAGAGAUGGCAGACCAGAUUAUCUGUGCAGGACUGUAAAAGGGGCGAUGCCGGGGCCACAGUCAAAGCAACAGAAAGCAAAGAAGAAUCCAAAGAGGAGAGAUCGAAACCUCAGGAAAGCUGACAAACAGUUUGGUGCAGAGAUGUACCCAACGGAUGAGAAUCUGUUCAGCAUCAAACAAAGGAAACGCAGGCGUAAGAAUCAGGUUCUGUGACAUGUAAACCUUUCAGACCAACAGUGAGGACAUUUAGGGAUGUGUCAGACAUUUUGUUGACUCAGGUCUCACUGAAGCAGAGCUGCAGUCGUCAUCCAUGGCUUUAGGAACCUUCAUUGAUCCUUGUUCAGAGAAAUCAUUUUGACAUGUCGGGAGGAAGAGCACAGGUGUAAAAAGUGAAAUUAAUCAUAUAAAUUCCACUUAGCUGCCUCAGUUCUGCUGUUGUUCAUGCUGCCUCAAUGUCACACUUGAACUGAGCAGAGCUACAGCAUUUGUCCUUUUUCUCCUAUGAAGAUGUUCAAGCUGCUUUUUCACUGUUUCUGUAGUUUGAUAAUUACAACUGUCCUCCACUUCAAACUGCAGACAUCACUGUUAAUAUGCUUAGAAAUAGAGAGCUUAAUAUAACAACACUCAGCUCACUUAGUUUGUUCCAUGGGCAUAUUCACUGUUCUGUUUGUUGUCAGCGAAACGGGGUGACUAAAAGAGGAGCUGCAAGUUAUUCACCAACAAUGUUUACAGUAGAUUCCCUCAGAAGUAACUGUAUGUUCUUUUAUUUCUUUCACAGUAGGUUCUUCCCAUUGCGAACAUUUAGUAAGAUCAUUUCCUAGUGCCUCUACUCUGAACACAGAUUCAUAGUUGUUGCUGCUGUUGGAACAAAAAGAUGGUGAAUGUCUUUCAAACACUCUUGGAAAUAAGUUUGUCAUUUUGAAAUGAAGUCAUUUUAAUUUACCUAAAUGUACGCUCACACUGUAAAUGCAUCUAUUGCAUGUUUGAUGCAGAUCUGCAGGUCAUCGCGUUACCAGUUCUGGAUAACAUGCGGUUGUGACAUCAGCUUUUCACCAUCAUUUAUUUAAUUCAGUUGUACAUGAUCUUAUUUGUUAUGGUUCUAACAAAAUUAAACCCUAAAACAUCA